UUUGUUUGGUUGGUGAAGUUUUUUAUACUGUAUGAUAAAAAGUUUUGAUUUUUAACAUUUUACUCAUUGGAAAAGGGAUUUUCUGAUUGGUCACCUGGAAAAAAUCUGGUGAAGUUGAGAUUUUUCAAGUUUUUUUUUUUUUUUGUUUAAUUGAAGUAGUCGAGACCAGAAUCUACAAGAGGAUUAUAUAAUAAUCUUGAUUAGGCCUUUCACAUGAUGAUGAUGAUGAUGAUGAUCAUUCAUAUUUUUGGUGUGGAUGAAGAGGUUUAGAUAAAUCGUUUAGCUUGGUUUCGAUCCAUGUUUGUUCUUCCACAAGUUAUUGUUCUGAUAUAUGAUGCUGUUUUGCUUCUGUGUCUCUGCCUCUUUAGUCGAUGCUCUGCAGCAAAUCGCUAACACAUUGGGCUCGAGAUUCUGGAAAUUUGAUGCUGAAGGUUGUAAGAUUGAAAAGGUUGGGUUAACCGAAACUCCUCCUCCAACAGCUAAGCAAGAGAUAGAAUGUGAAUGCAGUCCCACUAACGAAACUGAUUGUCAUAUUGUCAAAAUUGCAUUCAAGGACCAUAAUCUUCCAGGAACUCUUCCUCAGAUAGUCAAGCUUCCCUACCUUCGGGAGAUAGACUUGGCCUACAACUACCUCAAUGGGACCUUACCACGUGAAUGGGCUUAUUCAAAUUUAACUUUUAUAUCUCUUCUUGUGAAUCGGCUGUCAGGGGAAAUUCCGAAAGAGUUUGGAAACUCUUCGGCACUAACAUACUUGGAUCUUGAGUCAAAUGAUUUUUCUGGAACUAUUCCUCAGGAGCUUGGGAACUUAGUCCACUUGAAAACACUGUUGCUUUCCUCCAACAAAUUGACGGGAAAUUUGCCAGCUUCACUAGCUAGACUACAGAAUAUGACGGAUUUCAGGAUUAACGAUCUCCAACUUACAGGAACAAUUCCAAGUUACAUACAGAACUGGAAGGAACUCAAGAGACUAGAAAUGAUUGCAUCUGGUCUCACUGGUCCAAUCCCAUCGGUCAUCUCAGGUCUGAGCAAUCUAGCUAAUCUGAGGAUCAGUGAUAUAGGUGGACCAGUCCAACCAUUCCCUUUGUUGAAGAACGUAACAGAAUUAUCUAAACUGAUAUUGAAGAACUGUAACAUUUCUGGACAUAUUCCUGCUUAUCUUUCAUCUUUCAAGGGUUUGGAGACACUGGAUUUGAGUUUUAACAAGUUGGUUGGGAAAAUUCCGUCAUUUGCACAUGCAGAAAAUUUACGGUUUAUAAUUUUGGCUGGAAAUAAGCUAGAGGGAGAAGCUCCAGAUGAAUUACUAAGGGAUGGAAUCACAUUAGAUCUUUCAUAUAACAAUCUAAAGUGGCAGAGUCCUGAAAGUCGUUCUUGUCGGCCAAACAUGAAUUUGAAUCUAAACUUGUUUCAGAGCACUUCUACGAAAAAAUCGAGCAAAUUUCUGCCGUGCAUCAACGAUUUCAAAUGCCCUCGAUAUUCUAGCUGUUUACAUGUGAACUGCGGUGGAAGCGAUAUAUAUGUGAAGGAGAAAAAGACAAAAGAAUUAUAUGAAGGAGAUGGAGGGGUUGAAGGUGGUGCUGCAAAAUAUUAUUUGAAGCCUGACGCUAAUUGGGGAUUUAGCAGUACAGGGGACUUUAUGGACGACAAUAAUUUCCAAAAUACAAGAUUUACCAUGUUUGUCCCGGCAUCUAACUUGUCUGAUCUAUACAAAACAGCGCGAAUAGCUCCAGUAUCUCUUACUUACUUCCAUGCCUGCUUGGAAAAUGGGAACUACACUAUAAAUCUAGAUUUUGCUGAGAUGCGAUUUACCAAUGAUGAAAACUAUAGCCGGCUUGGGAGGCGCUUGUUUGAUAUUUACAUUCAGGAGAAAUUAGUGGCAAAGGACUUCAACAUCAUGGAUGAAGCGAAGGGAGCUCAAAAAUCUCUAACCAAAACUUUUACUGCCAAUGUGACAAACCACUUUUUAACCAUCAGGUUGCGUUGGGCUGGUAAAGGAACUACCAGGAUUCCCACUAGAGGGGUUUAUGGUCCUCUCAUAUCGGCUAUUUCCAUAUCUUCAGAUUCUAAGCCAUGCUCACGUCCGGAUACUGGAAUGAGCAGGGGAGCAUAUAUUGCAGUUGGAGUUGGUGCCCCAUGUCUUCUUAUCUUAAUCGUGGGAAUUUUGUGGUGGUGUGGCUGCCUUCCACUAUGUGGUAAACGACGAAAAGAUCCCUAUGAAGACGAGUUGCCUUCUGGAACUUUUACAUUAAGGCAAAUCAAAUUUGCUACAGAUGACUUCAAUCCAACUAACAAGAUUGGAGAAGGUGGUUUCGGUGCAGUAUUCAAGGGUGUGUUAGCAGAUGGAAGAGUUGUAGCAGUUAAGCAACUCUCAUCUAAAUCAAGACAAGGGAAUCGAGAAUUUCUAAACGAGAUAGGCGCAAUAUCUUGUCUUCAACAUCCAAAUCUUGUCAAGCUUCAUGGCUUCUGUGUCGAGCGGGCUCAGCUAUUACUGGUGUAUGAAUACAUGGAAAAUAACAGUCUAUCUAGCGCGUUAUUCAGUCCAAAGCAUAAGCAGAUACCACUGGACUGGUCUACUAGGUUUCAAAUUUGCUGUGGGAUUGCAAAGGGUCUCGCGUUUCUCCAUGAGGAGUCACCAUUGAAGUUUGUACACAGAGAUAUCAAGGCUACAAAUAUUCUAUUGGACAAGGAUUUAACUCCCAAGAUAUCUGAUUUUGGAUUGGCUAGGCUAGAUGAAGAGGAGAAAACACACAUCAGCACAAAAGUUGCUGGGACUAUAGGAUAUAUGGCACCAGAAUACGCACUGUGGGGUUACCUAACUUUCAAAGCAGAUGUCUACAGCUUUGGCGUCUUGGUUCUAGAGAUUGUCGCUGGCGUAACCAACAGUAAUUUCAUGGCGGCAGGGGAUUCUGUCUGUCUCUUGGAAUGGGCUAACGAGUGCCUAGAAUCAGGGCACUUGAUGCAAGUGGUGGAUGAGAGAUUGAGGCCUGAAGUGGACAAAAAAGAAGCAGAAACAAUUAUAAAAGUCGCUCUCGUGUGCUCGAGUGCUUCUCCAACAGAUCGUCCUAUCAUGUCAGAGGUCGUUGCGAUGCUCGAAGGUCUCUAUCCAGUGCCAGAGUCAACACCAGGAAUAAGUAAGAACUCAGGGGAUAUAAGGUUUAAAGCAUUUAAAGAUUUAAAGAAAGGCAUGGAGAACAGCAGUAAAACGCAGCGUUCGGUUAAAAGUUAUCCUUCUUCUUCAUCAAUUUCUUCUGGGGCUGGACAAGUAGUUCAAGAAACAAACAAAGAAGAAUCAAGAAACUGAAGAGCCUCCCAAUGCAUUACCUCUCUUUUUGAAAUGGUCUGACUAUUAAUUUUGUACAAUGUUUUUGAGUUCAUCCCACGAUUAGUCAUUUACAGUAAUUCCCCAUUUCUGUAUUUAGGUUCUUUUAGUUGGGGACUGAAUAUUGUGGAGAAUCAAAACUCAAAAGAUAUGUAACCAGUGAUCUUUUCUAAGUCAUACUUUUUAAGCCUCCAAAAUUAACUGAAAGAAAAAGUUUAUUCUUA